AUGAGCUGCGCCGGCGCUGGGGAGCCGCCGCCGGAGCCCGCCCCGACCCCGGAGCCGCCGCCCGGGCAAGGCGCGGGGGCGCCGGCGGGCCCGAGCGGGGGCGACGAGAAGCCGGAGAGGCGCUCGGUGUGCAGCGACAGCAGCGGGGAAGCCGGCGGGGGCGGCGCCUGCCACAUCUGCAAGAUCUGCUUCCAGGGCGCCGAGCAGGGUGAACUGUUAAACCCUUGUCGCUGUGAUGGCUCAGUGCGGUACACACAUCAGCUUUGCCUGUUGAAGUGGAUCAGUGAAAGAGGAUCCUGGACCUGCGAACUCUGCUGUUACAGAUACCAUGUCAUCGCAAUUAAAAUGAAAAGGCCAUGCCAGUGGCAAAGCAUUACAGUAACUCUGGUUGAGAAAGUACAGAUGAUAGCGGUCAUUUUGGGAUCCCUGUUCUUAGUGGCCAGUGUUACGUGGCUGCUGUGGUCUGCCUUCAGUCCCUAUGCUGUAUGGCAAAGGAAAGAUAUCCUUUUUCAGAUCUGCUAUGGAAUGUAUGGGUUUAUGGAUCUAGUAUGCAUAGGAUUGAUUGUGCAUGAAGGUGCCUCAGUAUGCAGAGUGUUUAAGCGUUGGAGAGCUGUCAAUCUACACUGGGAUGUAUUGAAUUAUGACAAAGCUACUGACAUAGAAGAGAGCAACCGAGGAGAAUCCUCCGCAGCUAGGACUUUGUGGCUACCGCUCAAUGCGUUUAGAAGCAGAAGUCUGGUUCAUCCAACCCCAUUAACCUCCCCAAGAUUUCAGUGCGGCUAUGUGUUGCUACACCUUUUCCAUCGAAUGAGACCUCAAGAGGAUUUCUCAGAAGAUGACAGCUCUGGAGAGAUUGUCAUGAGAGUGACUUCAGUGUAA